GUGGGCCGAUGCGGCGGCGGGAGGCGGGUUACGGCGGCCGGCGGGGGCCUGGGCGGGCGCGGAGCGACGGCACCGGCACCGGCACCGGCACCGGGCCGCCAUGGAGUACGUGACGGCCGAGCAGCUGGCCGGCUUCGGCAAGUACAAGUACAGUGCCGUGGACAGCAACCCCCUGUCUCUGUACGUCAUGCAUCCCUUCUGGAACACGAUAGUGAAGAUCUUCCCUACCUGGCUGGCCCCAAAUUUGAUAACGUUUUCUGGCUUCCUGCUGCUUGUCUUCAACUUCUUCCUCAUGGCAUACUUCGACCCUGACUUUUAUGCUUCUGCUCCUGAUCACCAGCACGUUCCAAACGGUGUGUGGGUCAUUGUGGGUCUCCUCAACUUCAUUGCCUAUACGUUAGAUGGCGUUGAUGGGAAGCAGGCUCGCCGGACCAACUCCAGCACGCCCCUGGGAGAGCUCUUUGAUCAUGGCCUGGACAGCUGGGCAUGCGUCUACUUUGUGGUGACGGUCUACUCCACCUUUGGACGGGGCUCCACGGGCGUCAGUGUCUUCGUUCUCUACCUCCUCUUGUGGGUGGUCUUGUUUUCAUUCAUCCUCUCCCACUGGGAGAAGUAUAACACGGGGAUCCUCUUCCUGCCCUGGGGAUAUGACAUCAGCCAGGUGACCAUUUCAAUUGUCUACAUAGUGACGGCCAUUGUGGGAGUUGAGGCCUGGUAUGCACCUUUCCUGUUUAAUUUCUUAUAUAGAGACCUAUUCACUGCAAUGAUUAUUGCUUGCGCUCUCACGGUGACGCUGCCCAUGAGCCUCUACAACUUCUACAAGGCCUAUAAAAAUAACACCUUGAAGCACCACUCUGUGUAUGAAAUCAUGCUGCCGCUGGUGUCCCCAGUGUUGCUCUUCCUGCUCUGCACCACGUGGAUCUUCGUGUCCCCGAUGGACAUCCUGGAGGUCCAUCCCAGGCUCUUCUAUUUCAUGGUUGGAACAGCCUUUGCUAACAUUUCUUGCCAACUGAUCGUCUGUCAGAUGAGCAGCACACGCUGCCAGCCUCUGAACUGGAUGCUGCUCCCCAUAGCAGCGGUGCUCUUCGUGGUGAUGUCCGGGUUGGUGCCCAGCAGCGAAACGCUUCUCCUCUACCUGUUAACUGCUUUCCUCACCCUGGCGCACAUCCACUACGGGGUGGUCGUGGUGAGCCAGCUGAGCAGGCACUUCAAUAUACGGCCCUUCUCGCUGAAGAAGCCCACGCCAGAUUGACUAGGAGUGGAGGAAGAGAAAAUCAGCUUGCGGUCUGCAGAAGUACUGUAAAUAACUGCUGCAAAUACCUGUAAAUACUUCGACCAUCACCACAGAUCUAAACCUAUCCUCUGGACAGACAUCAGGGCAAAGUACGCACGGUAUCCAGUGCAGCCAGGGCAUGACUGGUACGGGGCAGCCUCCGCUGCUCUUCUUCGAACGCAAGCUUUCGGUUUUGGGUGAAACUGGACAAGGAGGGUAGCCUUUCAGGUCACUGUUACUGUAUAUUAGACCAGCUGAAUGUUCCCAGUGAAACCUCAGACUCCAGCUCUUGCUGAGGUAAAGCCGGUUGGGGAUGCAAAUGGCUUUACCUGAGCAAAGCAUCUUGACCCGUCACCAAAAUCAACAUAACGGCUGAUUUCUGCAAGGUCAGGGGAACAUCCUGGUGGUCGCGGGGGGUUCCUGUCUGUCCCUAAUCCUGCUAGACAGCCCUCAUCCUGGGCUGGUACGUAGGGAGCAGAUGGUGACAGUUCUCCCACAUUGUGUCCUGCCUUCCUGCAGUCACUUAUUUAGGUAAAUACUUGGCACCUUUCUUUUUUUAAGAGGGGAAAAAAAGAACAACACACAAAACUUCUAGUAAUAUUCUAUAUGGGAGGGGGCUUUGAAAAUCAGGACUCGACUUCCCGUAAAAGUGGGAAGGCGGCUUCUGCCUCCCCUGCUCGAGCUGGGAGUGCCUGGGACCACAUCUCGGCCGCGUUCCUGGCUGUCCAUGAGCGUUCCCUGCCUGAGAGCGGGCUCUGGGCUCCGAUGGGCGGCAGAGAGCGGCUGUCCCCGGCCUGGCUCGCUGCCCCCUCUCCCCACCAGUACGAACUCGCUGUUUGGGGCUGGGUCGCUGCGUGCUGCCUGCGCCUCUCCUCGUGUGGCAGCGCGGCCGGGCCGGGGCUGCUCAUCGCCCUCCCCACCAGACCAUCGGCAAAUCCACCGCGUAGAGAAGCACCUCAGUAAGUGUUGUGCCGGGCGCGUGCGCGCUUUCAGAGAGCUCACGGGCGUUUGUGUGGCGGGGUCCUUCCCAAAUACCACUUCAUUUUCAAAACCGUUGUCCCCAGCGGCUGCAUCUCUCAUCCAGGGAUAUAUUUGUUUACUGUCCAUUUGUAAAAGACAUGAUUGCAUUGAUUAUUUUGGUUUGUUUUUGUUUUUUUUUUUUUUUUUUUUUUUAAAACUUGUCUUCGUAAUUGAGUUAGAGUGGGGUGGUGAAGACUGAAUGCUGAUUUUCUUUUCUGUUCGCUUUAUUUAAUGAAGACCUGUGCUUGAAUGAAGAGUGUAGCUUAAACCCAGGCUCUGGAAAGGCUGCAUCCGGAAGCGAACAAGCGCAGCAGAUUGUGCAUAUGUAAUUACCAUGGGAACAAAGUCGCUUACACACUGAUUAUUGUGCAACGUGGUUUGUAGACGCUCGGUCACCGCGUUUUCCUUCGGCAGGUGAAGACUCCGCCUGCUUUAGGAAACAUUCGAUGUAUAACUACUAUUUAAUGCUUUUUUUUUUUUUUUGGUUUUCUUUUGUAAAUUUGAAUCAUUGUCACGCGGACUUGAAAUCCUGAGGCAAGCUGACGCGUGCGGGGGUGACGGCAGGGCUGUAUGGUCACGGUACGCCCUGCGAGGAGCGAGCUGGGGCCAUCCUCUGGGCUGGGCAUCUGCGUGCUCCUGUGUCCGUACGGCUGCCACAUCUCCGGAAGGGCGGCUGAGCCGGGAGAAGGGGGCAAAUAAUUUUCAGAGUUUAUUUAAUAAAGUAGCUUACUCCUAUAUCAUUUUACUGAUGAUGUACAGAAAACAAACCCCAAACAACAAAACCAAACCCGAGGCGUACGAAUGAAUUGGGCUGCGCUUGAAUUUUCGACUCUGGCUAUUUAAUGAAAUGUAAUAAUUAUGAAGGGAGAGUAAACUGAAGUCACGCUUGCACAAGAAUUACAGGGAAUCUUAAAACGGGACGCAACACUUAUCCAGGGGACGUCUUCGGGUAGCAAAAUUGUGCUGUCAGCAGUGACGAAGGGCGGAGGUUGGAUGAUUGUUUACGUUCUAGUUCCGUGUUUGCGGGACCAGGGAAUGGCUGAGCUCCGGGGUCCCCAGCCUGGCGCUUGUCCCCUCUCCUCCCAGCAGCGUUGCUGGGCCAGUGCUAACGCUGUGAGAAGCUGUCUGAUCCUAAACCUUAGGAUGUCACCUUGUCUCCGUGAUACGCCGUUUGUCUGUCGUCUCACCUAGCCGUGAGCUGGUGCUUUUGCAGCGCGUAAAAGACCCUGGAAGACCCCUGUGUGGAGCUACAAGCGGGUGGGAGCCAGGUUUCCUCUCGGAUCCUGCAAGCACUUGUGCUGUAGGAGAAAGAUCUCUCUUAAAAAAAAAAAACAAAAAACAACCAAACAAAAACCAAGCCUGGAACUGCUUCCUAUCUGCACAGGCUUUAUCUUUGGAGAGUCCUGGAUUUUUUUGGUGCCUUAAUUUAUUGCACCUUGAAGCUAGAAAAAUAUCUCCUUAACUGGGCGCUGGGAAACAGGCUCGUGGCGGAGGGAGGAGGGAGCGGGGCUGGGCUCGGUGCACACGCAGGACACUUGAACUGAAAGACCAAACCGUGGGGCAUGCAGAGAAACAAGCUAUUUAUUGACAACAAUGGUUUUAAGUCUGAAGAAUAAACGUAUUCCUCCCUCGCUA